UGACACAUAAUUAAUAAAUCUGACUAUUUUCUGACUCAACGUUUUUGUUGGCUUCUUUCCACGUGACCAUCACCUCUCAACACUCAAUAGUCAUAUCACCACCGUCCUCCUCUUCCUCUUUUCCAAAUUGCCCGCCGUACGAAAACACCGUGAGCUCAGCUGCACGGAACAAACAACACACGCAUUUCAACAAACGCGUCCUAGGCACACCAUUCCUCCCCUCCUCCUCUUCCUCCAUGCCAAAUCCAACUCGUCGGUCCCCAUUUCCUCUUUCCCAACAUGCCCUCCAACUUCCUUACUAAUUCCACGUCCACCCCAACACCCGACCCCUCCGAUUCCGCCUCCUCAUCCUCCGACGCUCAGUCCGCCGCAGCGUCCCCAAAGACGACACCCGCAGAGAUGUGGAGCUACCUCUGGAUUCCUUUCCUAAUUUCCCUGUCCAAGGAGCUGAGCUUGGCCAAAGCCCAGUCUACGAUUGUCUUACCAAGUCAACUCGGAACAUCCGACUCGUCCUCGACCAAAUGUGCGGCGCCCGACCCCAAGCUCAAUUACCGGCCCGUGAUCGGCAUCCUGAGCCACCCCGGAGACGGCGCCUCCGGCCGGCUCAGCAACGCCUCCACGGCGUCGUAUAUCGCAGCUUCAUAUGUCAAGUUCGUCGAAUCGGCUGGGGCUCGUGUUAUUCCUCUCAUCUAUAACGAGCCGCGUGAUAUUCUUUUCCAGAAGCUCGAUCUCGUUAAUGGCGUGCUUUUCACCGGAGGAUGGGCUAAACGUGGGUUGUACUAUGAUGUUGUUGAGAGAAUAUUUCAGAAAAUUAUAGAGAAGAAUGACGCUGGAGAUCAUUUCCCAUUAUACGCCAUCUGCUUAGGUUUUGAACUUCUAACAAUGAUCAUCAGCAAGAACAAGAAAAUUCUUGAGUCAUUCAGUGCAGUAGAUGUGGCGUCAACUUUACAAUUUACCGAGAACACCAUUAUUGAAGGAACCGUAUUUCAAAGAUUUCCUCCAGACUUGCUUAGGAAGUUGAGUACAGAUUGUCUUGUAAUGCAAAACCAUAAAUAUGGUAUUUCACCAGAGAGGCUUAUCGAGAACGAGAAUCUGUCAAGUUUUUUUAAGAUCUUGACAACUUGUACUGAUGAAGAUAAUAAGGUCUAUGUGUCCACAGCACACGCAUACAACUAUCCUGUGACCGCCUUCCAAUGGCAUCCAGAGAAAAAUGCUUUUGAAUGGGGAUUACCAAUGAUUCCGCACUCAGAGGAUGCUAUUCAAGUGACCCAGCACGUCGCAAACUUCUUGGUCAGCGAGGCAAGGAAGUCAUUAAACAGACCACCUGUUGGGCAAGUCCUUGACAAUCUCAUCUACAAUUACAGUCCGACU